AUGGUUCGCAUUACUGCUGCUGCUGCCUUGGCUUUUGUUGCUAUUUCUUCUGCAACGAUCUGGGAUGCCGCUGAUAGUGGAAGUCUUGCUGCUCGAGCAGAUACCCCAGCGUCGAGCCCGGACGAUCUGCAGCAGCUAGAUACGCUGAUUGAUGCUGUGGCAACGCUUUCGGAUAUGCUCAAAAAGCUGAAGCAGGGUACUGGUGGUGAGAAGAAGGAAGGUGGUGCGUAG